GAUUCACCCUUGGGCCUCGCGGGUUCCUGGGAUUCCUCCUACGUCCUCACUGCGACCCAGCUUCCGGUCUGGCCUCCCCGUGGCACUUAGGGCCCCAUUCGUUUUUGUCCCGGGCUCCCGGCCCCGCUUGGUAUCUAGCAACUCCGUGUCUUAGCAACUCCGGCGUCUCCGAACGCGGUUCUGGAAAACCCGCUGCCCUCUCCCUUAACCCGUCCCCCAGUCUCAUACAUGCUUCCGGCCUCGUUUUCCGUCUGAUGGCCUCCCCCGAAGAGCAUUUCUUAGGAUGAAGCAUCCUAUACGUUGGGAUUUGCAUCUACCAAGACCUGGACCGAGCUGGCGAAUCUUGUGAAUACUUUCUUCAGCUUCCUUCGACGCAAAACAGACUUUUUCGUUGGAGGAGAAGAGGGGAUGGCAGAGAAGCUCAUCACACAGACCUUCAACCACCACAAUCAGCUGGCGCAGAAGGCCCGGCGGGAGAAGAGAUCUCGGCAGGAGAAUGAGCGGCGGGAGAAGGCCGAGCGGGCAGCCAGGCUGGCCAAGGAGGCCAAGUCAGAUACCUCUGGGCCCCAGAUCAAGGAGCUGACAGAUGAGGAGGCAGAGAGGCUGCAGCUGGAGAUUGACCAGAAAAAGGAUGCAGAGAAUCAUGAGGCCCAGCUCAAGAAUGGCAGCGUUGGCUCACCAGGGAAGCAGGAGGCUGAGGAGGACGAGGAGGAGGAGGAUGAGAAAGACAAAGGGAAACUGAAGCCCAACCUUGGCAACGGGGCCGACCUGCCCAAUUACCGCUGGACCCAGACCUUGUCGGAGCUGGAUCUGGCGUUGCCCUUCCAUGUGAACUUCCGGCUGAAGGGGAAGGAUGUGGUGGUGGACAUCCAUCGGCGGCACCUCCGGGUGGGCCUCAAGGGGCAACCAGCGAUCAUUGACGGGGAGCUCUACAACGAGGUGAAGGUGGAGGAGAGCUCGUGGCUCAUUGAGGACGGCAAGGUGGUGACGGUGCAUCUGGAGAAGAUCAACAAGAUGGAGUGGUGGAGCCGUUUGGUAUCCACUGAUCCUGAGAUCAAUACCAAGAAGAUCAACCCUGAGAACUCCAAGCUGUCAGACCUGGACAGUGAGACCCGCAGCAUGGUGGAAAAGAUGAUGUACGACCAGAGGCAGAAGUCUAUGGGGCUGCCCACCUCGGAUGAGCAGAAAAAGCAGGAGAUUCUGAAGAAGUUCAUGGAUCAGCAUCCGGAGAUGGAUUUUUCCAAGGCCAAAUUCAACUAGCCCGUAUAUGCCUCCCUGAACUCUUGGGGCUGAACCCCAGCCAUCCACCUUUUCCUACCCUUCCCUGGGACUUGGGGGCCUCAGGGCUGGGACAGGUAUGGGACUGGCCCAGACACACUGGUCCCAGGGCAUCAUGGGAGAAGGGCUGGGGCCUUGUGGGGGGUGUCUUAUCUUCCCCAGUUGGCCUACUGUUACACAUUAAAACUAUUUACUCCA